CAUGCACGCACACACACAUGCACGCACCCGCACACACACGCACACACAAACACACACACGCACGCGCACACACAUGCACGCACACAAACACACGCACACACACAUGCACACGCACGCACGCACACACACACGCACACACAAACACACACACGCACACACACGCACACACAUGCACGCACACACAUGCAUGCACACACAAACACACGCACACACACAUGCACACACACGCACACACACGCACGCACAUGCACGCACCCGCACACACACAUGCACACGCACGCACGCACACACACACGCACACACAAACACACACACGCACACACACGCACGCACACACAAACACACGCACACACACAUGCACACGCACGCACGCACACACACACGCACACACAAACACACACACGCACACACAUGCAUGCACACACAUGCACGCACACACACAUGCACACACACGCACACACACGCACACACGCACGCGCACACACACGCACGCACAUGCACGCACCCGCACACACACGCACACACAAACACACACACGCACGCACGCGCACACACAUGCACGCACACACAUGCAUGCACACACAAACACACGCACACACACAUGCACACACACGCACACACACGCACGCACAUGCACGCACCCGCACACACACGCACACACACGCACGCACACACAAACACACGCACACACACAUGCACACGCACGCACGUACACACACACGCACACACAAACACACACACGCACACACACGCACACACAUGCACGCACACACAAACACACGCACACACAUGCACACGCACGCACGCACGCACACACGCACACACAAACACACACACGCACACACACGCACACACAUGCACGCACACACAUGCACGCACACACACAUGCACACACACACACACACGCACACAUACACACGCACGCGCACACACACGCAUGCACAUGCACGCACCCGCACACACACGCACACACAAACACACACACGCACGCACGCGCACACACAUGCACGCACACACAAACACACGCACACACAUGCACACGCACGCACGCACACACACACGCACACACAAACACACACACGCACACACAUGCACGCACACACAAACACACGCACACACACACACGCACGCGCACACACACGCACGCACAUGCACGCACCCGCACACACACGCACACACAAACACACACACGCACGCACGCGCACACACAUGCACGCACACACAAACACACGCACACACAUGCACACGCACGCACGCACACACACACGCACACACAAACACACACACGCACACACAUGCACGCACACACAAACACACGCACACACACACGCACACACACGCACGCACAUGCACGCACCCGCACACACACGCACACACAAACACACACGCACGCACGCGCACACACAUGCACGUACACACAAACACACGCACACACACAUGCACACGCACGCACGCACACACACACGCACACGUGCACACACAAACACACACACACACGCACACGCACACACACACGUGAGAUCAAGGACUGCUCACCGAGGAGUGGAGUUGCGCAUUCAGUGUUCAGCGCUCAGUGUGACUGACAGGUGACCAGCAGGCAGAGACAGGAGAGGACAGGACCUUAAGUACCAAGAACAGUCUGGGGAAAGGCCUUGAGGCAGGGGAGCAGGGAGAGUCUGGAGAAGGAGGAAGAGGAACAGAACCACUUGGGUUGUAACUUUUUCGGUGUUGGGUGCCAGGGACUUUAUACAGCACCCCACCUACCCUGUGCUGUCCAGCUAAGAGGAAAGACUCAGAGAGAGUCCAUAUCACCCAUAGUGAACCAACAACAUGAACUACACACUGUGGGUAGACACAAAAAGCUGGUGGAGACAGCAAGCAGCCGAACUAGUUCUCAGAGCCCUCAGGCCAGUCUCUGAGCAGAAACACACCUUAUUCGCUUUCUUUUUUUCCUUUUAUUCUCUCUUUUUCCCUUUCCUUCCUCACCUCUCUCCCUUUCUUGGCAAAGUAGAAAGGGAACUCCAUUCAAAGCAAAAAUCAUAAAAUACAUUAUCUGGUAAGAGUUAGAAGGGGAAUCUGUGAUCAGACUAUAUUGUACAAAAAAAAUUUAUUCCCCUGGUGAGCAGUCUCCGGCUCUUAAACUCCGGAAAAGAAGCCUCACACAGUGAUCGUUCUCUCGCUCAUGUGGCCUACUGUUCAUCCUGACUACGCAGCCCACUGCGAACUGUACUAUUGUUCUUCUCUGAUAGCUAUUUUGCUUCUCUUGUUUAAAAAAAAAUAUAGAAAGGAAGGGAGGGAAAGGAGGAGGGAGGGAGAAAGGAAGGAGGAGGACAAUGGACCACACACGGGAGAAGUAUAUUAUAAGUACAGUCAUAAAGUUUUCUAGUCCCCAUGUUUCAAACACUGUGCUCAUGAAUUUCAGCUGGGAAAAACAACAAGAAAAACCCAAAAACACACAUAAAAACAAAAACAAAAUACCCCAAAGAAACCCAAAACUAACCAAAAUCGAGUACUUUUAAAAUUGUGUACACAUUUACUGUGUAUAACAUGUUUUCGCCCACUGUGGAAUGUCUAAGCCAUGUCCUAACUCACACAUUUAUUCUUUUAGCAAUAUUCAAGAAUGAAACAUUGUUACUGGACUGACAAGAUGGUUUGGCUGGUAAAGAUACUUGCUACUAAUCCUGACAGCCUGAGUUCCAUCCCCAGGACCCACAGGGUGGACAGAGAGAACUCACUCUAGGAGGUGUCAUCUGACCACCACACAUGUGCACACGCACACAAAAUAAAAAAAACAAAACAAAAAAAUAAAACCCUCAAGCAAUGAUGUUAACUAUUUACUAUACAUCACAAAUUUUCCACACGAACCCUGAAUUACCUUUAUAACCAAAAAGGGGGAAAAGUCACAGAUAAACCAGCAACAGCAACGAAAAGAAUCCCAGUUACAAAAGCCGAAAGUGUUGCUGUGCAUUCCACAGUACCAUACAGCAACCAACCCUGGCUGAGUCAUAAGCACAUGGGGCUCCUGAUCACAACUUUAGUGUAUUACAGAUACGGAAACAAAGCCAGGCUGGUGACAUCACUCUAGCUGUUGAAGAUGAAGAGUACAGUGGGCGAGACUCACUCAAAGACAUUACGAAAAAAAAGAGUACUCACUUGUCUGAAGAAUUAACAGAGUGGCCAGGACCCCUGCUUCUGGCCACCUAUGUUUUUGACAGCUACUAUGUCAUCAUUUGGUUUCCCUGGCUCCUGUGCAGGUGGUCACUGCUGAUCUUGGGAGAAGGGGUUCACUCCAGUCUCAAGAGCACCAGCAACACGGUGCCCAUACCAGUGAUUUCUCCUUCCUGGAACAUUCCUUCCUCUGGCAUGGGUAGGGCUGGCUCUCUCCAGUCUUCAAGUCAGCUUAAACUAUCCCACUUUAUACAGGUCAACCCACACAGGAGCACCCGAAGCAGUGCUGUAGGCCUCUACUGCACAACCUAUGUCUUAUGCCCAUGACCUAUGUAUGUCUGUAUGUCUGUAUGUAUGUUUGUAUGUAUGUCUGUAUGUAUGUAUUUUAACCUGUUCACCUCUUAUCACCAUCCAAAGUCAUCUGUAAUCCUCACUUCCUUAUACUCCCAUCCCAUCUCUUGAUGGAACAUUCAUGACUGCAAACACAGAUCUGUUUUAUUUAGUAAAUGCCUUGUGCCUGAAAUAGCACCAAGCCAAGUGGGUUAUCUAAAAAUACAUCUGCUCACUAAGUGGGUAUAACAGAGUGUGAUUACUCCACUCCACAAUCUGUGAGGAGGAAUCUAUGGACAUCACACAUUACCAGCAAUCUUCAGGCGCCAGCGAACGAACACACGCACAUGCGUGAAUAACAGCAUGAAGAACUGAACAGGUUUAGUGUGGACUGGCUCUUCAUGGAAGUUAGGGAAAUGCUCAAUCAAGCCCAUCUUUGUAACUCCCCCGCACCUUUUAAAGCUCUACUGUUUUAGGUUUUUAAUGAGAUCAUUUUAGUUAUAAUUAUGUGCACGUGUGCCUGUAUGUGAGCCCUCUGAUGUGGGGGCUGGGAACUGAGCUCAGGUUCUCCACUGAUGAGAACAGAAGCUCCUAGCUGAUGAGCCAUCUCCUACAGUAAUACACACACACACACACACACACACACACACACAUACACGCACACACACACAUACACGCACACACACACAUACACACACACGCACACACACAUACACACACACGCACACACACACACACACGCACGCACACACGUGCACAUGCACACACAGACACACACACGCACUCGAGCACACACACAGACACACACACGCACACACGCACAUACACACACACACGCACUCGCACACACACAUACACGCACACACACACAUACACGCACACACACACAUACACGCACACACACAGACACACACACGCACACACGCACAUACACACACACACGCACUCGCACACACACGCUCACACGCUCACAUGCACACACACAGACACACAGACACACACACACACACGCACAAACGCACAGACCUUCCUUCCCUCUAAAAUAUGUCAGCUCCAUGACGGGGUAGGUGCUCAGAGUCACCAGCCUGAGCCAGGAGGACUGCAGGUUCAAGACCAGCCUGCAUCAUGCAGAGAACUUGAGGCAGGCCUAAGCUGUGUUAUAUGGCGUGGUUAAAUGAAGAAAUUAACAAUAAUGUGAAUCCUCAUAAUGGCAGGCACUGCAAACUUAGGGGUGAGUCAGUAAUUUUAUCUCGCCUAUGUUCUGCUGUGAGAAUAUUAAACACAAAAUACUUGAGGGAGUCAAGAUGUAGCUCACUUUGUGUCCUGUGCACUCAUAUUGUGAUGGUGUAUCACAGACAUGCAGGUAAGUACUGAGUAAGACCAGAAUGUAUGUAAUCUCUUCCAGUUUCUAAGUAAGUCGGCAUGGAGGACAAGGCCAUUGAGAAGAUGCCCUGCUUUGCAGUAUGAUUAACUUUAACCUGCAAGCUUGUGAGUACACAGCCCCAAGAAGGGGCUCAUUUGUCCCACACUGAGUGAGCCGAGGGCCACUGUUCACUGAAGCUGGCAGGUUGGAGUGUGAUGGGAAAGAGCUGCAUUCGGAGGAAGCCAGGACAGUGCUGAGGGACUCUGCUCACUAGAGGGCCUGCAGUCACACAUUCAUAAGCCAUAUGCAGAAUAUAAAAUACUUUUCCUGCAGUAUUAAAAAAGCAGUAUGUUUUGUUUUGGUUGAGACAUGGCUUGUACUGCUUACUGUUUUCUGUCAAUUUGACACAAGCUUUAGUCAUCUGGGAGGAGGGAAUCCCAGCUGAGGCUGAGGUUGUGUCAGCUUGAAUACACUUCCCCGGGUAGCAUGGCUAUCGGUAGAUAGAAGGAAACCUCGAAUCCUUCAAAUUUACCUGUCACAUUAACAUUGGCAGUCAGCAGAGGCACAGAGUGGUUUCCACUUGGAGAGCCUACAAAGAUAAAGACAUUCGUUAUUAAAGUAUACUGAAGAUUUAACUUGGUACAUAGCAGGAGCCCUCUGACCUUUAUUUAAAGCCCUAAACCUUUAUUGGUUUAGGGCUCCAAGGGGUCUACAUUUUGAAGCCAACUGUCUGACCAUCUUUGUGUGAAAGAUAUGAAGAGUUGCCACACCACUGGAAAGACAGUACAAUGGGGGACCCGAGGAGGAGUUCAGGCCCACAUGGCAUAGUUGCCAGGUUGAUGAGCCAUCCAUUGGACAUGCUUACAGACAGGCUGUCCCUGCUUCCAGGGCUGCAGUGGGAGGGACCAGGGCUUUGAAAAAGGAACUGUGAGCUUGAAGAAACUGAGAGGCCUACUUAGUUUAUGUGAAUCCCGCAUGCAUACAUACAUCCCUAGCCCCAGAUACAGUGAGUCUCUGAGCCUGGAGCUGGUAUGCGGGGGGGGGGGGGGGGGGGGGGGGAGGGAACUUGCAGCCACAGAUGGGCGUGGCCUACGGAUGACAGUGGUAUGGGUAUGGGGGAGGGGAGGUAAUACCACAGGAAGUUCUGCUUGUACUACUGUUGCUAUGAAACAUCCUGGAGCUGUCAGUUUGAGGCGGCAUUGUUAGACCUUUCACACAGAACACAGAAAGCUUCCGUAGCAACUUGCACAUGCUACCUUUUGGUGACAACAGCUUUGUCAAGGUGCCUGCAGAAGUGAUCAGCUCGUUCUGGGUUGUAUGGACCACUCUGGAAAGGCUCUCCUGGUUCAUGUGUGCCUCAUGGUCUUAAAACCACCACCACUCCUAGUGUCACUCAGUGGAGAGACGACAUUUGUAGAAUUCUCAUUUUUCAGUGAAAAUCUAAUUUUUAAGCUAGUAUCUUUUUUUUUUUUUUUUUUUUUUUGGUUCUUUUUUUCGGAGCUGGGGACUGAACCCAGGGCCUUGCGCUUCCUAGGCAAGCGCUCUACCACUGAGCUAAAUCCCCAACCCCUUAAGCUAGUAUCUUAAUAUUUCAGUAGGUCAGGGGAAUUAAGAGAAUACUGUGCACCAGGUAAGCAACAUUUCAGUGGCUUACUUUGGAAUCUAUAAAGACUCCAACCCACAAGGGAAGGGAGCUCAAUUAAUACUAUUAUUGUUCCUUGUCACAAGGACUGACCCUACUUUGAGUCACUCCCUGGGUAAGGAGGCACAAAGAUGUUAUUUAUGUUUCUGACAUAACUCACUCCCAACAACCUCCCUCACUCAAAACAAACAGAAGAAACUAAAAUGCAAAGAAAAGUCAGCAAUAAUAACUGAAAUCUUUAGCAACUGUGAAAUCUGUUUGCCAUGUAUUUCCCUCUGGUUCACAUGAUUGUCCAGCAUGAGAAGGAACUAUCUGGCAGGUAUCGAGUUGUGGCCAAUAAUACUAGGUGCUAAUGGACAGAGGUUUCCUUCAUCUUAGCCUCCUGGUAACUUUAUGACGGGAGCAUUGUUUUACAGCAACACCAACUGAGGUCCACAAAAAGCUACUCAGCUCUUUAGCGAGCCUGGAUGUGGACUGGGUCGAUUAACUGCAAAGCCAGUACAGAUCUAUGCUCCUCCUCUCAUAUCUUCCUGGUGUUACAUCAUCAGCUGCUCCUUCCUCAGCCAUGUCAUCCUGAUUCCUCCCUCUUCUGGUGUCAAGGUGCAACCUAUUAGCAAGCAAUGGGUCCCACUGCUAUGAUACUCAGUACAUCUCCAUAGCAUGGUCGACCUGUGUCUGGACUGCCACACAGACCUUAGUUACUGUCACUCCCAAGAUAGGAUUUCUCGGCAAAAUAUUUGAAUGUUUGAACAGACACUUGCACGCAUUUAGUUACAAGUUAAUAAAAGUUAUUUCAUUCCCCUAAGGUUGUUGAAAGUGAAUUUGUCACUUGCCAUUAAAAAAUAUACUAACAGCCUCCCAGCCUGCCUCCCAAAUGCUAGAACUAAAGAUAUGUGCCUGGAAUCAUUAUUUAUUGUAUUAUUUUGGUGUUUUGAGACAGAGAUUCUCUAUAUAGCCCUGACUGUCCUGGUACUCACUAUGUAGACCAAACUGGCCUGACCCUCAGAGACCAACAUGCAUUGUCUCUGGGAUUAAUGGUGUUUGCCACCAUGCCAAGCAGAAGAGUAAUUUACAAAGCCAGAAGUUCAUGGCACCCUUCUCUCUCUUCUACAAUACCCUGGACGGUGUUGUGGGGUGAAAGCAGUAAAGCUGGUACCAGCUGAUACGGGCAGGCAGUGAUGUGAAAUGGUUGAGACUGGAUUCUGCUCUGAAGCCAAACGUGUAUUUCUUGUUUUACUCUAAGUUAGCUUACUGCGUGGAGUCUCGGAUUUCUCAGCUGUAAAAUGGAUAUGGUUGGUGAGGUUUCCAAGGGUGAUUUACAAACCUCAAUUUAGCAUCGUGGUGGUUGUGGGGAACAAUGGCAGGAAAUGUACCUGGGGUUUUAGUUAUGUUUCAGAACACUUAAAAACCACCAUGUAUUGUAAUGCUAACUGUACCAAUUACAUGCCACACACAAAGAUUACAACAGUUAUUUGGUUUUUGGUUUGCUGUUGACAUUUUUAGAGAUACUGUCUCCUUUAUGUAGCUCAGGAUGGCCUUAAGAAAUGCUCGAUUAGCCAGAGGCCUCGUCCUGACACUCCGUAACAACACCUUUUAGCUCAGUUUGAAGGUAUCUCUACAGAACUGAAUUAAUUGAUUCUAUUAGUUUAUGAAAUCAGGGCGUCAGAGCAUUUCAGGUUUUCUAAAUAGCACUAACCUCUCUAGUGAGACACUCAUAAACACUACAUAGUGAGAAAGUCCAACAGCAACAGUCACAACAAAAAAACAUGUUCGGAGGGCAAAAGAUAGAAAAGGGCACUCCACUUCAGCCAGUAACUAGUGAGAGGAAAAAUCAGAUGUAUUUGUACAAACAAGGCAAGUAGCUGGGGAGGGUGACGGCCUCCUCCCAUAAAGUCUACUAUUUGCUCUAAGACAGAGUCUCAGCGUAAUUAUACUGUCCAUUCUUUCCUUAACUGAUCUCAGAAGUAGGUCUGCAAUUCCAGUUUGUCACAGGUACAAGUCAAAAGAGCAAACAUAAAACAUAACCAAUCGAGAUGAAGGGGCACUAUAAUCCCUUAAGUAGAGUUAGGAAUAUCAGAAGACCAAGGCUGUCUUCAGCCACAUAGGGAGUUCAAAGCAUGGUUGGGCUGCUGGGUUACAAGAGAGCCUGAUUCAACAAAACAAUGAAAUUCAGCACAACAAACAGAAAUAGGGUUGUUUAAUUCACCGGAUUAUUCCAGCAAAAGCAUCUGUUGGGCCCAAGUCAUCUGCUAAAGUAAACUGACUGGUUAUCCACAGAAGAGACUGAGAAAGAAAGAAAGAAAGAAAGAAAGAAAGAAAGAAAGAAAGAAAGAAAGAAAGAAACAAACAAACAAAAAACCCAGAAGGGCUGAACUGAAAAUCACAAAGCCUUUAGUCAUUUAAAGUUUCUUAUCCUAGUUUACUAUUUCUCUAGCGACUGGAUUCUAGUAGGUGACAGGGGACAAUAGAAUUUUCACAAACUCAGAGUUCUUCUCAAAGUGUCCAAAAGGUCAAGGUCUCAAAGGGAAACAAAACCUCCAACAUGUAAGGCUGUUAACAUCAUCUUGUUAUGACCUUAAUGAUGACGUCGUGGGCUCCGGACCACAGAGACCUCAAGGCUGCUGCGCUGGUGACUCGCUGCGGUAGUGGCCACGGUCCGAGCACAAGCAUCACCUGCGCAGGGGAACAAGAUCAAGAUGGAGAACUCUUGGUUCCUCCAACGUCUGCCUGCUCGCUGCAAUGCUUCCCACCAUGAUGGACUGAACCUCUAAAACUCUCUCCAGGGUCUCCAUUGAUAUUCCCGUGGGCUGGGACAGUUGGUGCCCAAAGUGUGGGGCCUGGAUACAGGGGUCUCCGUGAGGAAGAAGACUCAUGUGGCCGGCAUUAUAUAUAGAAAUUUCUUCGAACGCCGUGGGAGCCUGCUGUGGCCAAAACGAAGAAUCAGUGGCUGAAAACUGGCUCACUCCUGGGGACUGCAAUACACUAGUCUGUACUGUUCUGCCCGGAGGUGAUUAUCUUCUCUGGAAGUCAGAAUUUUUUGAAGAUUGUAGAGAGACUGUUGAAAGGAAUGCCCAGCAAAAUGACUGAAUUCAACUUGCUGUAGAUAUUCCUUUGGAUGUCCUUUUGAGACAAUGAAAAAUCACUUGUGAGGCUUCAGCACCAGGUUAGAACCUGUUACUCUGUCUUGCUAUCAAGAAAUUGGAACUGAGAGAAUUGGUGUAUUGGUGGAAAGUUUGUCUAGCAUGUUCCAUCUCCAAUACCUCGUCAACCAGGGAGAACUAUGCAAGCAAGGGUGUGAGGAAAGAGGAGGGGAUGGCCAAGUUUUGGCAGCUUCAUCUUGACACCUCAGAGAUUGCUCAGGAGAGAAACUUGUUAAUGAACAAGUUCAAGGUCUGGAAUGAAUGUGGGACAGCAGGAAGCCACGGUCCAGCAGAAGCUUUACAAGGGUCUGAAGCCUGCAGGGUGGAGGAGAAGUGAACGGCUGCAGGUGGAAGGCCAGCGGGAGACCUGCAUACGUUGGCUAAGUGAAGGAUUCAAAGGCA